CCUGGGCACCACCUCUCCUGCCAGGCCUCAGGAGGGAGGCAGGGGGCGCGUCCCCUUGGGAGUGGCACCUGCCAGGUACACACAUAAAGAGGUGGGUCUGUGGUCACCCUGCCCAUAGCCACUUCUUCUCUCUGUCCCUGUGGGCCCGGCAGCUGCCAAGAUGAGGCCACCGUGCGGCCUGUGGCUUUGGCUCUCCUUGCUGAAAGUCCUUCAGGGCCAGACCCCAACGCCCCUGCCACUCCCUUCCCCGAUGCAGAGCUUCCAAGGAAGCCAGUUCCAGGGGGAGUGGUUCGUCUUGGGCCUGGCGGGCAGCAGCUUCAGGCCGGAGCACAGGGCGCUGCUGAGCCCUUUCACCGCCACUUUCGAGCUCAGCAAGGACGGCCGCUUUCAGGUCUGGAACGCCAUGACGCGAGGCCAGCGCUGUGACACAUGGUCUUAUGUGCUGAUUCCGGCCGCACAGCCCGGGCAGUUCACUGUGGACCAUGGCAGAGAGCCCGGGGCGGACAGAGAGGAGACCUGGGUGGUGAAUAGCGACUACACCCAGUUCGGGCUGAUGCUGUCUCGCAGACACACGGGCAGCCUGGCCGUCCUCAGGAUCAGCCUGCUGGGCAGGAGCUGGUUCCUGCCUCCCGGGACACUGGACCAGUUCAUCUGCCUGGGCAGAGCUCAUGGCCUCUCGGACGACAACAUCGUCUUCCCAGAUGUGACUGGUAAAGGGCUCGCCUGCAGCAGGUGGGCAGUGGGCACCGGGCCUGCCAGAAUGAGGGUUGACCCUAGAGGGGCUGGACCUGGGGUCUGCCCAUGGAGCUCCUCAGCCUGCACUCAGGGGUCUCAAGGCUCCUGGGUCCCUGCCCUCAACCCAGGUUCUAAGCCACCUCCUCCCAGCCUGGGUCCCCUAUCCUAGUGACCUUCUUCCCUCACCCAGCCCUGCUUACAAAGAGCUUGGGUGUCAUCCCAGGUGGUGUCCUGGGCCUCAGCAACCUGCCCCGGGUGGCCGCCCCAGCCUGGCCACUCAGAGAGCCUUGGCUGCCAAGGCUUGACUCUU